AUGGAUUUCUUAUCCGACUCGGAUUCCGAUGAUCUUGAAAUGUUGCUAACGGUUGUCGAAGAGGAGGAAUUGGAGAGAGAAAGACAACAUAGGCACUACCGCGUGUGUUAUUUUAGGAGACGAUUUCGUAUGCACAGACCCCUUUUCUCUCGGAUUCUUUCUAGCGUUGAGGCCUACGAUCCCUAUUUUGUUCAAAGAAAUGAUGCUCUAGGCGUUUCUGGUUUAUCAUCUCUUCAGAAAGUAAUUGCUGCAUAUAGAAUACUCGCAUAUGGAGUUCCUGCCGAUCUUUUGGAUGACCACAUACGCAUAGGUGAGAGUACUUCUAUUGAAAGUUUACGACAUUUUGUGAAAGCGAUUGUUGCCAUUUUCAGCGAAAAAUACUUAAGAGCACCAAAUCAGGACGAUUUAUCUCGAUUAUUGCAAGUCAACGAGCAACGUGGAUUUCCAGGGAUGCUUGGGAGCAUCGAUUACAUGCACUGGAAAUGGAAAAAUUGUCCAACUGCAUGGCAAGGUAUGUCUACGGGUCAUUGUCGCACACCAACUAUUAUAUUAGAGGCCGUUGCUUCGCAUGAUCUUUGA